UCAACUCAGCAAUGGCUACCGGAGUAAGUUUUUUUCUAAAAACCCUUUACAAUCCCUUUGAAUCGAGGACUUUCCUUUUAUUGAAAUGCCCUUUUCUCUUACUGUUAUACAUUAGCAAUGUAUCAAAUGCCUAAUUCACGUGAAAAAUCGUUUGUUUUUUUAGACUUUAUACACAUACCCGGACAAUUUUCGGGCAUUCAAAAUCUUGAUUGCCGCACAAUACAGUGGAGCUAAAGUCACUGUCUCGCCGAAUUUUAAACUCGGAGAAACGAACAAGACUGCUGACUUUCUUAAAAAGUUUCCAUUAGGAAAGGUUGGUAAAGCUUUGCCUACUUCGGUGAUUAAAAUUGUACAAAUUUGUUCCAAGUUGUUUUUGUACAGAACAGUAUUUUUCUAAAAGUUCAUGUUCUUUAUAUAUUAAUGAACUAUGACUAUCAACAUUUUCACAAUUCGAAUGAAAUAACUGGAUCUGAGUACUAAAAUAAGGAUAUAGUAUUUGCUUGAUUGAAAAAGAAAUUGUCAGCAAAUAAUUAACCAUCUCAAUGUUACUUCAUUUACAGUAUUAAUAAUCCCUGUGACUAUUUGUCUGGUAGCCAAUCAAUUUGUUUUGCAGCAAGUCUAUUCAACUGACACCAAUAGACCAUAAAAAAUAAAUGAAUCCCAACCCAGCCAUAUGCUCUAAUCCGCAGAGGUCAAAGAGGGUUAGAACUAGUCAGGAAAAAAGUUAAACAAGUUUUAAGUGAAAUUGCUAAGGCAAAUAAACAAACAACCUCCCAAAGCAGGCUCGAACUCACAAAUUAGAACACACAGUCACGUGCCUAACAUUCUAAGCCGGUGUUUUAUGAGCUUGCCAAAAUCCUUCGUAAAAAUUUUUUUAUAUCACUUGCAUGUUAUAGAGACUGCCGGUCAUUUAAACCAAACACUUCCAUUUCCUUCAUAGGUUCCUGCUUUCGAAGGAUCUGAUGGUACCAGUAUUUUCGAAAGCAAUGCCAUUGCAUACUAUGGUAUGUAUGAAACGUUGGCAUAUUGCUGCUCAUUAUCACUUCCGCUUAUCACAAAUAUGUUUUUUAUUUUUGCUAAAUCUUUUUGUAAAUCUUGUCACAGUUGCAAAUGCUCAGUUGAGGGGAAAUAAUGAUAAAGAUGCAGCAUUAAUCCAACAGUUCAUUAAUUUUGCCGACAAUGAAAUUUUGCCUUCCGCUGCAACGUGGGUUUUCCCUACAUAUGGAAUAAUGCAAUACAACAAACAGGUAGGUUUGACAAAUUACCUUUGUUUCAAUGGUGUUAUUAUCAGUGUGACUGCCUUUCACCUCUUAAAGUGAUAUUACACAGGACAACUUGCAACAACAACUGGUUCUGUAACAAUUUGCAUUGUAAGUUGUUGUUAAAAGUUGCCCUGGACUAUUUCCAGAGUGUUAAUUGUCUUCUCACACACAGUCAGGAGUUGCACCACUUACUUGCAUUCAAUUUUCAUCCUGCCCCAGUGAUACAUAAGAAACCCUUUCCCCUUUCUUCAUGCUCAAGCCACUGAAAAAUGCUAUUCUUUUAAGGCUACUGAUAAAGCCAUGGAUGAAAUCAAGAAAUGCUUAGCCUACCUUAAUGAUCACCUCUUGACAAAGACAUAUCUUGUUGUAGAACAAAUCACCCUUGCAGAUAUCACAGUUGCAUGUAACUUGCUUAUGCUUUACAGACAGGUAUGGCUAAAAUGGAUAUAGCUUCUCUACUGUGUUUUCCUCACUAUUGAUAGCACUGUUAUGAUGUUUAUUAAGGUUUCUAAGAAGACAUUUACAGUAGAAAUUUACUAAGCUCUCUAAGAAUUUUAUCAUUUCAGGUGUUAGAGCCAGCAUUCCGAGCACCUUAUGGUAACGUAAACAGAUGGUUUACUACAGUUAUUAAUCAACCACAAUUCAAAAACGUUGUCGGAACUGUUCAACUCUGUGAGAAAAUGGCAAAAUUCGAUGGUAAAUAGUCAUUCCUCCGUAAUAAGGUCCUCCCAUUUUCCUGUCAUCUUGGUUUCUGCUGCCAAAAUAAAUGUCAAACCUGCAUUUGGCGAAACAAAUUGUUCCGACUGUCAUUGCCACAAUGAUUAAAAUAAUAGAGUAGUGGCCUGAAAUUACAUUGAACAAAAUGUAAUGGUGAUGACUAUUGCUCCUUAUGAGUGGCUUUUACAGCUUUCACCUUGUCAGUGUUAGCAAAAACUGAAUGAAGCUAUAUUUAUAUUGGGUUGCUCUAUCAGUUCUAAGCUGUUCUUACUAGAGGUCCAGUAAGGGUUGUCCUUUAUUAGUAACAUUUCCCUACAAGA